AUGGAGAAGUCCAGGAAGAUCUUUGUCAGUGUCCUCCUGUUUGUCCUGUCUGUGGAAAUCUGCUUGGCUCAACACUGGUCUUAUGGCCUGCAACCAGGAGGAAAACGGAGCGCCGAAAACCUGAUGGAAUCAUUUCAGGAGAUUGCAAAUGACAUGGAAAAAAUCAGGGAAGUGCCGAGGACGGAGUGCCCAGGCUCGUACCAGCAUUCCAGGCUCAGUGCUCUGAAGGAAAUCGUGGAAAGUCUGAUGGAAGAAGCCAGACGAAAGAAGACUUAA